CUACGUGCAUUAGGUGUAGACACCCAACCACCAUUGUUGAACACGUCCAUCUUCUUCUCUUUUAUAUUCCUUCUUUCCCAAAUUUCUUCCUUUAUAUAUUGACCAAUUAAUUUAUUCAUUGCAAUUUUUAUUUACUCAUACAAAUAGAAAAGUCUCAUACUUUCAAACACCCAAUCCAAAAUUAAAAUAAUCCCUAAAAAAAUUUUCUGUAAUUUGAUCUUCUAACUACCAAAUUUCAGCUUUGCGGCUUCUGGGUAUUCAUUGAUCGCCGCCAUGGAUGCAACCUCGAGCUCUGCCGUGGUUUCGCAGCUGAGAUUAUCAUCUCCCUCGCUUCGUAAUUCCAAAUCCAGAUUCUUUGAUUCAUGUCCACAAAUCAGAAACUACAUGCCUCCUUGUAGAUAUACAUGUAGGAAUUCGUCAUCCGGCUCAUAUGCAAUCAUGUCUUCUGAGUCAGCGGAGAGUAAAAGCAGCAGCAUUAGUGGAUUUUCCUAUAGUCAACCAGAGAAGAGAAGUAAUGUAGUGGGUAAAACAUUUUGUUCUGCUGCUUUAUACACAAGCGCUUAUGACGAGGGCUUGGCUAUAUCUCCCUCUCAUGUUGUGGAGGAAAAGAUUGGGGUGCUUCUUUUGAAUCUUGGAGGACCUGAUACUCUUAACGAUGUUCAGCCGUUCUUAUUUAAUCUAUUUGCCGACCCAGACAUCAUUCGCCUUCCGUCGUUGUUUCGUUUUCUGCAAAGACCCCUGGCUCAGUUGAUUUCUAUGCUAAGAGCCCCUAAAAGCAAGGAAGGCUAUGCUUCUAUAGGAGGAGGUUCACCUUUACGAAAGAUAACUGAUGAGCAGGCAAAUGCACUUAAGAUGGCAUUAGAGGCAAAGAAUAAGAAUGUAUCUGUCUAUGUUGGCAUGAGGUACUGGUACCCAUUUACAGAAGAGGCGGUUCAACAGAUUAAGAAAGACAAGAUUACAAGACUUGUUGUCCUUCCUCUCUAUCCUCAAUUUUCUAUAUCUACAACAGGCUCUAGCCUCCGAGUUCUCCAAAACAUUUUCAGGGAAGAUGCAUAUCUGUCUCGCGUGCCUGUAGCUAUCAUCCGAUCUUGGUACCAGCGAGAAGGUUAUAUCAAGUCCAUGGCUGACUUGAUUGAGAAAGAGCUGCAAUCCUUUUCCAUGCCUGAUGAGGUUAUGAUAUUCUUCAGCGCUCAUGGUGUGCCAGUAAGUUAUGUUGAGGAUGCUGGAGAUCCAUACAAAGAUCAGAUGGAGGAUUGCAUCUUCUUAAUUAUGAGAGAGUUGAAAGCUAGAGGAAUCGAUAACGGACAUACACUUGCUUACCAGAGUCGAGUUGGGCCUGUGCAAUGGCUGCAACCUUAUACUGAUAAAGUUCUUGUUGAGCUUGGCCAAAAAGGAGUAAAGAGUCUGUUGGCUGUUCCUGUGAGUUUUGUGAGCGAGCACAUUGAGACUCUUGAAGAAAUUGAUAUGGAAUACAAGGAAUUGGCGCUUGAAUCUGGCAUUGAGAAUUGGGGUCGGGUUCCUGCUCUCAAUUGCACUUCUUCUUUCAUCAAUGAUCUAGCUGAUGCUGUCACUGAAGCUCUACCUUCAGCAGCUGCUAUCACAACCAGCACAUCUGAAGAAGUCGAUAGUGAUCCGGUCAAUUAUUUUGUAAAAUUGUUUUUCGGUUCACUGUUGGCCUUUGUCUUGCUUUUGUCCCCAAAGAUAUUUUUGGCGUUUAGGAACAACCUUUUGUAGAAAUAGAUGGAAGACUUACCAGAUUUUGAAGCCUCACGGUAUACAUAAAACUGACUGCAGAGGAGAAUUAUACGGAGUAGAAAAUAUGGACUUAAGAGGAUGCUUAUAUUCUUCCUUUUGAGCUUUUGCUCAACUUCCAUCCCGACAAAUACUAAUGCUCAAGAUAUUAAUGGCUUACAUUGCCGAUUUUUAUUUAUUACAGUAAGAUAUAUUUUUUGGCAAAAUAAAAA